UACAUACAUUGUUAGGCACACAUUAUAUUGGUGCUACCAUAUUAUUAUAAUUAAUUGAAUCGUCCAUAUAGGUACUAAUAUCUCCCUUUAAUAGCUUACGAUGGAGUAUUUUACUAGGUUUUUCAAAAGGAUCGUCUACAUGCAGCUUUAAACUUUAUAAAUUAUUACAUAUUAUCUAUUGUACAUUUAAUUUUUGUUCGUCAUCUUUGUUGUGAUUAUAAUCUAUAUUGCAGAAUAUAUUUAUAUUUUAUUUGUCUGUGUUUGGUCGAAGGCAAUUCAUCUAGAAUUAGUCAAUGGACUGUCAACUGAGAAGUUCAUCGCGACCUUAUACGCAGGUUUAUAGCUCGAAGGAGCGUAUGCCAAAAGAUACACAAUCAUCGUUAAAAAUACAGCUAGUAAUACAACUCGACUAGCCCGCCAAACCGCCAGUCGUCGAAUUAUUGAUUAAAACAUAAACAUAAAAUGCAGCAGCAGCUGCCGAGGAACUCGAACUUCGCCAAAGUCGGCACAGCGUUGCUGUACGCGGCCGCAUCGACGUUGAUCACGAUCGUUAAUAAGUCCGUGUUGACCGGUUACGGGUUCCCAUCAUACAGGUUUCUGGCCGCGUGCCAGAUGCUUGUCACGGCCACCAUGCUGUACUCGGCCAAGCUGCUGGGACGGGUGACGUUCCCGGACAUCGACGGGCGCACGUUCGUCGACGUGUUUCCGAUGCCACUGAUCCAUCUGGGCAACGCGGUACUGGGCCUGGCCGGCACCAAAGAGCUCAGCUUGCCCACGUUUACCGUGCUUAGGCGUCUGGCCAUACCGAUGACCAUGUCGGGCGAAUACUACUUUCUGGGCGUCGUGGCCGAUCCGCUCGUCAAACUGUCCGUGGCCAUGAUGGUGGCCGGCGCCGCGAUAGUUGCGGUCGGCGAUGACAUCGAGUUGAACAUAAACAGGUACGCAUUUGUGUUGUUCAACGAUCUGCUGACGGCCGCCAACGGCGUGUUCACCAAGAGAAAACUGAACGCCAAUAGGCAAAUGGGCAAGCUCGGGCUUAUGUACUAUUCGUCCCUGUUCAUGAUUCCGCCCCUUCUGAUAUACUUGUAUUUUUCGAACGAUCUAGACGACGUGUACAGAUUCAAGUAUUGGUCGCAUCCGCCGUUUUUAAUUCAAAUGUUCGUUUCAUCUAUAAUGGGUUUCGUGUUAAAUUACAGUACAAUGCUGUGUAUUCAAUACAAUUCAGCCCUAACGACGACAAUAAUCGGAUGUCUUAAAAAUAUAUUUGUCACUUAUGCAGGCAUGUUUGUUGGUGGUGAUUAUGUGUACACGCUCUAUAAUUUUAUUGGUAUUCAUAUCAGUAUUAUUGGUAGUCUAUUUUACACCUAUGUGACAUUGUCACGUACUCACGUUUAGAUAACCUAAACAGCUGAUGAGACAAAACACCAAGUACCUACUAUUAAAAAUGUAUGUAUAGACUUUUCAUUAUUAUAUUUCUUGGAUUUUUGUAUUGAAUAUCGACUAUAUAAUAAUAUUAUAUACCUACUUUAAUAUAUUCACCUUUAAAAUUACGUUGUUUUAUAAUUUCUUGACUAAAUUAUUAUUUAUUAUAGUUUGUACA